AUGGGGAGCAUGGGGACAGAGAUCGUGGCUUUCCUCUUGGCGAUCUCCGGCUGGAUUCUGGUGUCGUCGACGCUCCCCACGGACUACUGGAAGGUGUCAUCUGUGGACGGGACGGUCAUCACCACGGCGACGUUUUGGUCAAAUCUGUGGAAGACCUGUGUGACCGACUCCACUGGUGUGUCCAACUGCAAGGACUUUCCCUCCAUGUUGGCUCUGGACGCUUACAUCCAGGUUUGCAGGGGUCUCAUGAUUGCAGCUGUGUGCCUGGGGUUUUUCGGCGCUUUUCUCGCUCUGGUGGGAAUGAAAUGCACCAAGAUCGGGGGCUCGGACACGACCAAAGCGCGUCUGGCUGUUCUGUCAGGGUUCCAUUUCAUACUGUGUGGGCUGUGCUGCAUGUCUGCGUGCUCCAUAUACGCCCGCAGGAUCACCGCAGACUUCUUUGACCCCCUUUUUGUUGCUCAGAAAUUUGAGCUGGGGGCUGCCCUCUUCAUCGGCUGGUCUGGGGCUGAGUGUUCAUACAGAGGAGCGGCGUCUCUGGCCACGUCCCGUCACUACACGAGUAAAGCGACGGGCGGCGGGCAGGAGAAGGGCACGCACGGGCACGCACAGGAGCACACGCACGGGCACACACACGUGAACGCACAUGGGCACACACAGUUUGGGAGAAACGCAUAUGUGUGA